GUGACAAUAACAGUUGUGUCUUACCUGUAACCGUGACAGGGAAACUGUGAGGAGGAAAAACACAUCAAAUUCCGGUGGACAUUUCGUGUUGAAAUAUUGUUGAAUCGUGAACGAAUAUAGAUCUUCUAAGGAUUUACGCAGAUAUUUGAGCCCCAUUUCGGAAGAAGACACAGGCCGUUAUAUGGAUUACAAACGCUAUUUCGGUUAUUGUCUGAUGGUGUGCUGUGUGGUGUUGUUCGUUGGGAUGAAUUUCAGUCCAGGUUUCCGGCAUACAUCGAUGUUAAAGUAUUUACUUAAACAGAAUAUCACAAUCAUCAGAACCUUUAGUACAUUUGAAGUAGCUCCUAAAGUAAUAGAUAUACUUCCAAGCGUACGAAGUUAUAACUUCAACAGUUCUAAAGCGGUAACAAAUGGAACGUCAAUUAUCACAUCAACCCAGAAAGUCACAGAAAGCAGGAAUACAGCUACAAACACCACAAAAACAUUUACAACGAAAAUUGUGCCAACUGUAAAAGCAGAACAUACCACUCCAAAACCUGUUGCUGACGUCACACGUACUGAAAAUAUGUCCAGAAAUUCUACAUCUGUCAAUGAGGGGGUUGCCAUGCCAACACAAAAACCACCUACAAAUAUUGUCCCGAGCAGGUCAGCCAACUACAGCUUAUGUACUCGUUUUAUGGGUGGCUUAGGUAACCAUAUGUUCAUGUUUGCAACCAUUUAUGGAUUGGCUGCCAAAAAGGGAAUGUCCGUAACAGUUGGACAAACUGAUUACUUGACAAAAAUUUUCAAACUUGAUGUAAUCCUUAAAGAAAAAAAUAAAGAUAUAUGCAAAACAUAUGUGGGUAGGGGUGAAAGACUCAACUGUGGAUAUGAUGAACGUUUGGCUUCUUUUCCACCAAAUAAUAACUACAGACUUGGAGCUUAUCUUCAGUCAUGGAUGUAUUUCUAUAAUGCUUCAACAUCUCUCCGAAAACAGUUCUCGUUUCAGGAUCGCAUUGUUGAAAGUAAAAACAAAGUGAUUGAUUCGACAUUAAAAAAGCACAAUUUGAUGUCUCGUUCAAACGUGACUUUAAUAGGUGUUCAUGUAAGGAGAGGAGAUUUGGUGAAUCAUAAAUUCGGCUAUAUGGUUGCAAGUGAGGAUUACCUUAAGAAAGCAGUCAACUAUUUUUUGUCAAAGGGUUUUAAAUAUCCCUUAUUCGUUAUAUGUUCUAAUGAUCUAAAAUGGACAAAAGAACACAUGCCGAAAGGAAUCCGUUCGGAAUAUAUGGAGGGGAAUUCCCCUGAAGUUGACAUGGCUAUUCUAGGUUCGUGUGAUCACAUGAUUAGCAGUGUAGGCACGUUCAGUUGGUGGUCAGCGUGGCUGACCGGUGGAGAAGUCACUUUCUAUCAAUGGCCAGCUAAAGAAGGGUCAGGAUUAAGAAAAGAGUUUAGCAAAGAUUACAAAGACUUUUUCUACCCAGGAUGGAUUGGAUUCCCCUAACAUUACAGCCAGGUGAACGAUAGAUUAAUAUGUUUUUGGGGAUUUUCUCUAAUGUUGUGUGACAAAAGAGGGUGGAAACGAGUCAUGAGAUGUGCACGAGUGCAUUGUAAGUGAUCAAUAUUUGAGUUAACGAACAUAUAUUUUGUUCCAUAUAUUUUUGUUACAUUGGUGACCACAAUUUAUUUGAUAUCUUGUUUUUUGUCCGAGAAAAGCAGCGUUUUAUUUUUUGUUUUACUAUCUUAAACUCCUAUUCUUACUUUCUCAACAUGUUGCUAGGUUUGGUCUCAAAUACAUAACACGACCAGAGUGAUAUUCAUACGGUGUUUAAUUGAACAAUUGAAAUAAUGUAUAUAUUUCAGUAGUCACUGACAAAUUACAUUAGUUAGCGCGAGAGGAAUUUCCACACGAUGACCUAUGCAAAUUACUUGACUAACAUAUUGACAAUUAUACCCUUUUAGACUUAACUUUAGACGAAUUUGAUAUAAAAAUCUAUUAAAAUUUAAACAAUACAUUUUUUUCAUUAUGUUCUCAUCGAACUCCUAAAUCACUUACAAUUAUCCGGUAAAUCUUUUCCGGAUACACCAAACCUCCCGGUUUUUCGUCCAAUCUUACUUCUAAGUAUUUAAGAUAUAUAUAUAAUAUAUGGUUAUAUUUUACCCCAUUAUUUAAAUGUCACCUUAGAAAAUUUGACGUGUAAUCUGUUUUGUCCGUUUUUGGACGUAAUUAUUAUCCUUUUGUUACACUUAUUCAGUCAAUCCUUUGUAAUGCGUCAUCGAAAUCCUUACUUUCACGUUUAUUUACACGUAUUUAUGUUUACAUGGGUUGUUACGAUAUAUGUGAUAUUUAAUUGUUUCAGCUUUAAAUAAUUCUACAUCCUUUUUAAUUAUGCUUCAUAUACCGAGCAUCAGUGAACAUUACAUUAUAUGAAUAUUCAAAACAGAUUUUAAUGAAAAUGCAUAAUAUUUAUCAAUACAAAAUGUAAAAUUUAACAUGAUUAGCAUAAUAUGUACAUGUAGGUUUGGUGAAACGUUUAGCUGUACAGUCAUGAGAUUUAUGAAACGAGUGUAAAAAACUGUAGUUUAUUCAAUAAUUUCAGUCGGUUUGAAAGGGAAAAAAACAACAAUUGGUGCUCAAUGAGUAUGUUCAAUACGUUUAAAGAUGGAAUUUAAUCUAUAUAACGAAAUUGUUUGAUGUUGAUGUUUAUGAUAAUGUAUAUAUACAAUGAUUAAAAUGUUUGAGAAUGAUUAAUCUGAUACAAUGAGUCAAAUAAAUACAUGACAAGUUGAUGAAUUUGAUAUGAAAUGGAAAAUGGUUGAAAAUAGUAAAUGCCAUCUUGGGUAUAUAGUACUUAUCUGGAAGUAUGAAAUAUCAUUUGUUUGUUAUAGUAUGACUUCACAAGUGGUCAAAUAACAUAAACAUCUGUGUUGUAUCUAUAUUAAGGAUGAACUGAUAACUCAAAUAUUAAUCAGCUGUUUCAAAAUCAUGAGUACAUUAAUGAAGCCUUUUGAUCAUGGCAUCAUAGCAUUUGUGACGUAAUAUCUAUGAUAAUGUAAUGAUAGUUUGCAAACUGAUUUGUUUGUUUGUUGUUUUAUCGAAAAUCGUAAAUGUAUUGUCAAAAUCAAUGAAAAUUAUAAAUUGCAUAUUAUUUGAAUAUAAACUGCACUUAAAUAAUAGCAGCUGAAAAUAAAUGAUAAUAUUGUUCUACAAUCUUGCACAAUUAUAGAAAAUUGCAAGAGGAUUAUAUUGGUCAAUAUGCUGGGAAUUAUAAAAAAAAAAGAUUUUAUUAGAUAGAUGACUUCCACGAAACGUGCAGUUAACUUGACUGUUACAUUCCUCGUAACUAAUGACAUUCCAUUUUAUAUGUUUAAAUUGCAGGACAGAACGAGAAAGUAAUUAAUAAUUUAUGUUAGUAACUGUUUUUAGUAUAAAAUGUUGAAUAGACGUUCAUCAUUCUCGGUCUCAGAUGAAAGUCGCCUUAUGUUUGUUAAAUAAGUGAUAGUGUGACUUUCACCUGGGGCCAUGAAUGGACAUUGGUGAGAUGUUAUAGAAAUCCUAUACAGUCAAACCUGUAUUAAGCGGCCACCUAAGGGACCGACAUAUAUUGGCUGCUUAAGACAGGUGGCUGCUUAAACCAGGUCGGCCAGGAACGGCCUGUUACCGAAUUCUUUUUUUCAACAGUUUAUUGAAUUUAUCACAUUAUAACGCACUUAUUGAUAUUGAUAACAAUAUACCAUGUACAGUGUAUUUUGAAAUGAAAACCAACAAAGAUAAAAGUUUUGAUGAAUUUGAUAAAAAUACCUGGUCAUGUGAUCAUCGCGGAUGUCUACUUCCGGACAAAAUGGCCGCUUAAUACAGGACGAUAUAACAACUCGGGACAGAUUUUUGUGGCCGUUGGCCGCGUUAGACAGGUGACCGCUUAUUUAAGGUUCAUUAUAUAGCGUUUUCAAUCGGGCGGACCACAGACUGGCCGCUUAACGGAGGUGGCCGCUUAUUAAAGGUGGCCGUUAGAGCAGGUUUGACUGUAUUUAUUUCCAUUAUGAAUAUAACGAGUCUCUUCGUUUCUGUUACAGGUUUUAUUCGUGUAGUUAUGUUUUAUUUCGUGUCUAUAUAGUCGCCAGAUAAUAGUCCUGUUAUUGAUUUUACUUAUUCAUUCCACGAAUUCCACAAAUAUUCCUAUACAAGCUCCUUGAUCUCUUUGGAUUCACUUCGCCUGUUUAAUAUUUCCUUGUUUAUAGUCACCCUGUUGAUCUUAUUGUUAUUGUUCUUUAAUUCAUUGUUGUUUAUGUUUAUCAAGUCGUACGAAUUAAAACACAGAAACAAUAAAAACAUCUUGAUAUCAAUUUAAA